CUAUCGAAAAACAAAAUAAAGUCGUUCUGUCAGAGAAAAGGCCGUAACUGCAUCUUGAUUUUUAGAGAAACGAAAUCCACUGCCCAGCCUGAAUCAUUGUAUAGACGUAAAUAUACUUACUUUCGAUAUCAAAGAAAAGAAAAUUUUAAAGAUGGUCGAUUUGCAAGAAAAGCAUAAGGGAAAUAUUUCUCUUCCUGCGAGAUUACAAUCUCCUGACGCUACAAACAUUAAGCCCAAAAACGAAGAUGAUCACCCGACGAUCGUAAACGUGCAAAAAGCUAUGUAUGAAGUUAUACUGAAUGAUCUUCAGAGAAAAAUUGAAAGGUUACAAAUACGAAACGAAGAUUUGGAGAAUUUUUGCGACAAAGUGAAAAGUAGCUCGGAAAAUGUAGAUCAAGAAUCUGAGCUUGAAAUCGUACAACUGAACAACAACAUUGCAAUCGAAGUGAAAAAAGUUAACGAGCUCAAGAAGAGAUGCGAUGAGAUAGAAGCAAGCAGGGAAAACGAAAAAUUAAGACAUCUAGAGAAAAUCAGACAGAUGGAAGAAAAUUUCGAGAAAACUAGAAUACAACUCUAUUCCGAAAUUAAAACCAUAAGUGCUAAAAUCAAUAUGAUCGAUGAGUACAAGUUGGCAGACGAAGGUCUAAGGAAAAAAUUGAACGAUAAAAUCGAAACAACUUUGCGCAAAGAGGAUGAAAUGGAAAAGACGUUGACUCGACUCAAUUACAAAUCGAAGAUUCACAAAGAAAAUCUGAAGAAGGAAGCGUACAAGAAGAUAUUAGAUACGUCAGAAACUUUCCAGCUCGAGCUGAAAGAUACGACAUCCCCGACAGAACAAAGAUUAAUGCGGGAAAAUAUUGUUCUUGAAAAUGAAUUAGACCGAUUAUGGAAUGAUCAUUCCAACAUGCAGGCCGUAGACUUGAAGCACAUUGAUACCAUAAAAGAAUAUCACGAUAAAAUAAAAGAAGCUAAAUCUAACACUAAGCGUCGAUUAAUUGCUUGCAAGAUCCAAAACUUAUUGAUAAAGAAAUUGCAGAGUGUGCGCUCGAAAGUAGAAAAGGAACUCGGAAAAUCAUUCCAAACGGCAAAACAUUUUGAGGAACGAUAUUUGCAGCUCUUGGAUAAAACGAAAAAUGCAGAAUUUUCAACGGAUAAUAUUCGCAAAAGAAAAUUAGAAGUUAUGCUUCAUCAAGAAAGGGUUAAACUUGCAUUAACAAAUGCCUUCAAAAUACAAUCUUUAUCGGCUUUUGAAAGAGUUUCUCGAACAUUGAGUAGUUUGAAAAACGCAGUUGACUCUGCAUUGAUGAUUACAAAACAUGACGCUAAUGAAGAACUAAAAAACAUGAAUCUUCAAGCUUUUGGCAAUCACUUAUUGAACAUAAUUGAAGACUGUGAGUCUGAAAAGUGGAUUGCAAAAUCUGAGUCGACAGAAACUGUAGCUGACCUACUAAACGUUUAUGUGACGGGAGACUUAGGUUUUGAACCUAAGCAUAUUCAAAUCAUUGAACAGGUUUCUCCAGAAAUGCAUAAGUCUGAAUCUAAAUCAGUUCUAAGUACAUUAGAAAUUUUAAAAGAACUCGAACAAUUGCCGACUGCAUCUGAAAAGCAACAACAAAGUGUAUCAAGCAGAAAAAGUUCUCAUAACUCUGGUAGCACUGAUAUCUUCAACAGUAGUGCAACAACAAUAAAUGAAAGCGAGGUGAGUAAAAAUGAAUCUGCAGAUAGAGUGGAAGAACGUGAAACAAUAUCAGUAGAAGAAGAGGAAGACGAUUAUGAAGAAGAGGACGUGUCAGAUUAUGACGUUAGUCAGUUAGAAUACGAAAUAGAAGAUUUUGAGAAUACCGUAAAUCUAGGGUAACAAGGAUCACGACAAUUGAAAUUUAUAGUAUGAAAGAAUAUUUAAUAGUUAUAUACCUAUACAAUUUAAAUAACGGUGCAUUUAUCACUUGAGUGAUAAAUUUCUUUUUUUAUUUACAAACUUACUUCUUAGUAACUUUUUUCAACUCUAUCUUGUGAUCAGCUUUGAUAUACCUUUUGACUUUAGACUUAGUCUUUUUCCUAUAAAAGAAUACAUAAAACGUUGUUUAAUUUC